GGAAGUCGGCGGGGUGUCAUGGCGGUGGCACAGUAGGCGAAGGGGGAGCUGAGGGGCGAGUGGGGAGGUCGAGGCAGGGUCAGGUCGGGGAGUUGCUGCUGGGCCUGUGGCGGAGGGGUCGCGCUGCGAGAGCCCAGGCUGUGGCGGGAGCGGUGCUGCGUGUGGGCCCGGUGGGCUCGAGCGGGCGUAGUGGCGGGGGACGGGAGGGCCCGGCCUCUCCUCGGACUCUCUCAUCGCCUUUCGCCGCCUGUUCGCUGCAGGAGCAUCGCCUGGUUACUUCCGAGGGAAGAGGCGGGACGGCGGGGUACAUGGUAGCUUCGGCGGACAAGGGCUUGUUAUCCAGAAAGUCGCUGAUCUUAAACAAAUUCUUUGAAUAUGUUCUGAGUUCCCGGAAAGGACACAGUUAAACACACCUUUAUUUUGCUGAUAAUGGAUGAAGAGAGUCUGGAAGCAGCAAUUCAGAGCUACAAUGCCCAGCUGAAGCAAGUGGAGUUGGCUUUAGGGGCAGGCCUGGACCCAUCGCAGCAGUCAGACUUGAUUCAGUUGCAGGAAGAUUUAAAGCAGCUGAUAGAACUGACUGAGUCCAGCCUGGUGUCUGUUAAAAAGAGCAAACUUCUGGCUACUUUAGAUACAGAUGCCUCCUCCUCCUCCCCAGUAGGUCUCCUGGAGCAGGAUGCCAACCCAGACAGUUCUGCCCAAGAUGAGGAGUAUGCUGCUUUUAAGGAAGCCAUUGCUGAGCUUGGAACUGAUGAGGAGCCCUCAGCUAAUAACAAUGAGAUCUCAUCAAAGAGAGAUGAAGAAACUGAUGACAAAACUGAAUCAAAGUAUAGUGAGGAGGAGGAGGAGUCGUCUGACAGAGAGGAGGAGGAAGAGGAAUUGAGCGGGAUGAAGGUUAAAGCCCCCUACUACAGUUCCUGGGGGACCCUGGAGUACCAUAAUGCCAUGAUUGUGGGGACAGAGGACUUAGAAGAUGGCAGUGCAGGAGUCAGAGUGCUGUACCUCUAUCCAACUCACAAGUCUCUGAAGCCGUGCCCGUUCUUCUUGGAUGACAAAUGCAGAUUUAAAGAGAACUGUCGGUUUUCACAUGGUCAGGUGGUCUCUGUGGAAGAGCUUCAGCCGUUUCAGGAGCCCAAUCUGAGCGCACUGGAGGUGGGCUCAGCCUGCCUGGCGAAACACAGCGAUGGAAUAUGGUACACUGCAAAAAUAACCGACAUCGACAGUGGUUACUACACCGUGAAGUUUGAUUCCCUGCUGCUCAAGGAAGCUGUUGUGGAAGGAGAUAGCGUCAUUCCCCCACUGCGAAGUGAAGAUGGUACCGAAUCUGCCGAGUCUGAUGAAGACAGUGUUGAUGAUUCUGCUUAUGCUAAAGUGAUAGAUUCAGGGGUUCCAGAGAACGGGGAAUGGACUCCUGCGUGCAGUUCCUCUUUCGGUGGCUGGGAAGCCCAUACUCGUGGUAUCGGCUCCAAAUUGCUUGUUCAGAUGGGAUACGAGUUUGGAAAAGGGUUAGGGAAGAAUUCUGAGGGCCGAGUGGAGCCAGUGCAGGCUGUGGUCCUUCCUCGAGGGAAGUCCCUUGACCAAUGUGCUGAGGUGCUUCAGAAGAGGAAACAGGGAAAGCUGGACCCAGGCACAUCGAGGAAAUGCCGAGCAAAGGGAAAAAGCUCUGGACAGUCCCCUGCGGGCAGCCGUAAGCCUCCCCGCAACGUGUUUGACUUUUUGAAUGAGAAACUGCGAGGGAAGAGCACUGGGGAGAAGGCUGGAGGGAUGGCACUGCCAGAGAGGAACAGCAAAGAGAUCUACCAUGCUAGCAAGAGCACCAAGAAGGCCCUGAGUGUCCGCCUCUUCCAGACAAUGGAGAAGAUUGAACAGACGCAGAAGGAUAUCAGAGGAAUCCAGCAGGCCCUGGCACGCAACAUUGGACGGCACAGCAUUGCUACAGCUCAGCUGGAGGAGAAGCUGGCUAAUGCGCACAAACAGCUGGGGCAGCUGCAGGCCCAGGAAGCCAGUCUGCAGCGGGAGCAGAAGAAAGCAGAGACGCAUAAGAAGAUGACUGAGUUCUAGUCUCCCAGGAAGGCGUUUGACUGCAGUGAUUGUCCUUCUAGCCUGCCCCAGUGCUUGUGGCCCCAGAGCCUGGGCGAGCCAUCCUGCUCCUCUGGGCCUCGGGCUGCCCAGCCUGAAAAUUGGGCUGAAAAGCAGCAGUUUCUAAAUCCAGAUGCUUCUGAGCUCUCCUGGGAGGGGCAGGAGUAAACAUCCAUCCAGCUCUGAAAGCAUUCAGUAAGCCUGAGCCCUGUGUAAGGACUAGCUACGAAAAAUACGAUUCUCUGCUCUCUUGCACACUUUUUUUCCUCUGCUAUCACUGAGGUAGCGCCUCCAUCCCGAGUCUGUAGCUACUCAGGUGAUAACGCUGCUGGCUACAAACCAGCUGAGGAGGGGCUUUGAAAGCCCCACAUCCUGCCGUCAACUGUGGCUUGUGUUUGCAGCCAACUGACAAACCCAAGUGUUGGCAGGGUCCCGAGCACAUUCCGGCAAAGCAGAAAAGGCAUGUGCUGGGUGAAAACAACAAAGGCAAACUAUUUCAGCUGCUCUCUACCUUCUGUUUUUUGCUAUGGAAUUUAUCCGAGAACUCUGUUUUUUUGGGAGCAGUUCCUUGUAGCCCUAGUGUAAUGAAUAGACAGAAAACUGGCAGCUUGGAGGGGGGUACUAGUGGCCUCGAGCAUCAAAUUUCAUCACUUUGACUGUAAGAGUAUCCCUAGGACAUGCUAUAGCCCACCUCAUGGACUUGGUGUGGAAAGCUGCGUGGCUCCACGUGUAGAUUGCCAAAGCUGGGGGAAUAAGACACCAGAGUAGCAGAUUCUCAAACCUCCUAGCUAGGAGCAACUCCACAGGGAACCUGGUGAUUUUUGCCAUCAUUACUUGAGUUUUUCUGUCCUAGGUGGCUCGCUGAACGCAGGUCCUUUUAUUAUAAAACCUCAGGACCCAGAUCCAGGUCGGACUGCGCCCCGGAUGAGCACAAAGAUCAGGAGGUCAGUAUGUGCCCAGCUUGCAGCCCCGACUGUGGGAGAGCUUCAGGCUGUGCUGCAAGCGGGCCAAGCAAGCCAAGUGUCCUUCCUUCCCUGCAGCGUGGAGAGUUUUGGACAGGAAGGAUGGCUUCUCCCCUAGGUUAUAUUCUGCAUUGGUGGCAGCCGGUCCUUGCCCCAGAGGAGGUGGUGGUUUUAUCAGACUCUGUUUCUGAUGGGACUUGUGCAUUGUAAUUGCUUUUUUUUUUUUUU